AUGGAUACAGCAAGCGUUCAGGAGGCACCAAUAUCCAUCAUCUUACACGCAGGCGCAGGCGAGUCGUAUAGAGAAGGAGCGGAGUCUAUUCCCGACUUUCUGCGUACAUUGGCUGCUGAUGCCAGUGAAAGGCUCUCAGCUGGGACAUCCGCACUGGAUGUUGUUGUACACGUCACUGCUGCCCUGGAAGAUCAUCCACAAUUCAAUGCCGGGAAAGGCGCAUCAUUGAACAUUGAAGGCGAACAUGAGAGAUACAAGCUUGAAGCGGCUGUUAUUGAUGGAGCCACUGGGGAAUAUCGCGGUGUACUCGGUGUACGUCGCACGAGAAACCCUGUUCGACUCGCUCAUGCGCUUCUGAAAAAUGAGAAAAUCGUUAUGGUAUCAGGGGCUGGAACCGAUGACCUUGCUGCAUCUCAUGGCCUUGAAAUGGUUGACAACUCGUACUUUACAGUGCCAGAUAAACGCACAUAUUGGGCAAACAACGUUCAUAGACAUGGCUCCAUUAAAAUCGAGCGGCAUGGAACCGUGGGCGCAGUGGCGAUGGAUAAGAAGGGUAAUCUUGCAGCUGCGAACUCUACUGGUGGUACCAUGUUUAAGAUUGUCGGUCGUAUUGGUGACACCGCAAUCAGUGGAGCUGGGAUUUACGCAGAUUCUGACAUCGCUAUAGUGUGCAGCGGAAGCGGAGAGGCAAUCUUGAAAUCCCGGGUUGCGAGUCGUAUCGCAGAUGGGUUUCACCACGGUGUCGAUCUACAAACAGCGAUGAAGUCGGCAUUGAUGGCUUCAGCAGAUCACGAUAUAAAUUCGUCAUGCGGAGUCAUUGCUCUGACUAGAGGCGGGAAUAUGAUCAGUCUUUGCAACGCACGAACCUUCGCAGUUGCCAAAGCUCAGUCGACAAGCUAUGCGGAAGCUUGUAUUAUGCAAAACUCAUUCACGCACUUGAGACAGUUGACGUUCCUGGAAGACGCAGAAUGUACUGUUGGGUAUGCGAAGUAUCCAACUAUGGAUGGACAAGCUAUUCUAAAGCUCCACGGUGGUCGACAACUUACAGGUCUGGAUCGGGAUAUCUUCAAAAGUGUCUGGAAUACGCUCGAGCGAUCCGUCGAUGCUUUGAUGGAGUUUCAUGGGAAGACAUGUUGCAGCUGUACUACAUCCCAAGAAGGAAUCCAGAUAUUCCCUCACUCAUCAUUGAGUCUAUUGGAAAAGAAGACUCCUCAGCAUAUCCUCUUCCUCGACCACGGCGAAUCUCGUUCGGAUCAGGCUUGGCAGUACAUACUGUCCGAAACGCAAAAAAUUGCAUGUGAUGCCCAGCUUCCUGUCGGGACAUUGCAGAUUCAGAUCGAUUUUCUGGGAAUGGAACGCGUACACUUGGGUGUGUCUAUACAGGAGAAGACACCAUCACUAUUUCCGAAAUGUGCAGAAUACCAAUCUAGCUACUUGGGAUGUCCUUCGACGGAAGCGGGACCUAGGGCUAUUAAUCUGCCUGCUUUGAAAGAAGGCGCGAAAAUGCUGGCCGAAAUUCUGGGGAGUAGUUGA